AUGCUGCCCAACGAAACUCCCCACGACCUGCACGUAGAGGCGGCCCAGCUCGAGACCCGUCUCCAGGACAUCCGGGCGCGUCUGGCCGCCGAUUUCUACCCCAGCCCACCAGCAGAUACCAAGACUUCCUGGAAUGCACCUCAGGACACAUAUAAACAUUCCAAUAAUAAAUUCCAAUCGGACUCUGUGCGCUCCUCCUCACUCCACGCUCUCCUCCUGCUCUCAGACUCCGCCCUCCCACUGGGCUCCUUCGCCUACUCCAGCGGGCUGGAGUCCUAUCUCGCGCACAACAAACCCCGACGCACACACACCGUUUCCUCCUUCCACCGCUUCCUCCGCCUCUCCAUCGCCUCCAUCUGCAGCACCUCCGUCCCCUACGUGCUGGCAGGCUACCGCCAGCCCUCGACUCUUGAAACCCUCGAUAACGACCUCGACGCCUUCGCUGGUUCGGAGCAACUCCAUGAUAAUAAUAAUAAGGACGCCGAUGUCGGCGUCGCGGUGUGUGCUAUCGACGACUUCUCGGAGGCAUUGAAGUCUUCUGGAUUUGACGAUGCGGAUGACCUCGGUCCCAACGGGCACUUUGCGCCGCUCUGGGGGUGUGCAGCGGUGCGCGCGUCGGUCAUGGGGCCGUAUCAGGCGCAGAGUGUGCUGGCGAGCCAGACUCUGCAGGAUACCAUUAUGAAGCGUAUUCGGCGCGAGUGGCAUACUGAGGUGGAACAGGCUGGACAGGUUGUCCCGGCGCUGGAUCUGUGGGUUGGACGCCAUGAGUUAUUGUAUAGUAGAAUCUUCAAUUCAUAA